AUGAAACGAAUUAAUGAAUUCGUAUUUGCAAAGAUCGUCAGGGAUUAUUGUCCGGCAAAGCUCAAGGUUUCAGACUCAAUCACGGCGGAUCUCGUCGCGAAGACGCAAUCUGAAAUAGAGAAAUGCGAAAAUUUAUGCGGAAGUGAGAAAAUAGAAGCAACAAACGACGUCAAUGAAGACGGUGCUCCAAGAGUUUCCUUAAAUUACAAUCACAUGUUCGAUUUAAAUCAUGAAAAUCCGUCUUAUUGUAAUUCUAAUAUGACAAGCGAUUGCGACGUCGUUUUCACGAGCAACGAUUUCGAAUACAAUGACACGACAAUUCUGGCAGAAGAUUCUGAAGACAGCGAAAAGACAAUUAAAGAGGAGCUCCUGCUAGAUAACGCAAAUUCUUUGGAUAGUUUCGCAGAUUUGUCAAAAAAUCGCGGCAGUAUUGAUUCGGCGUACGAAAGAAUAUGUCGAGUGAAGCAUAGAGAAGAAAAAUUUGUUGAUUCAGGAAUUUCUUUAAAUAGUAUAAAUAAUGUUAUUGAUAGUUGUAUUGAUUCGCGGAUCAGAGACGAAACAAGCGUUUCAUGUAAAAAUAUUGAAAAAGAGGUUAAAAAUAAAGAAACGAGAUUCGAACGGAAUGUUACUUCGUACAUAAACGACAUCGAAACUCCUCUUCGAGAAGAACCUCUUCGAGAAAAUAUAGCUAUUUCAAGUGUUGAAUCUAACAAUUAUUAUAUAGAUAAUAACGAAAGUUACCUUAAAGAUGCCGUCGAUUUUUUGAAAUGUACGAGAGAAAAUAUGAACCAUACGUUAAGCAUUGAAGAAGACAGCAUAGAAAGAAAAGAAAUGGAUAAGAUAAUCAAGAAUCUUUUGUACGCAAACGAUGACGAACAACACGAUUCGGUGGAGGAACGAAUGGUAAAGAGUUUAUCUGCAGAAAUGGAAAGCGAUCACGAUGAUAUGAUGCGGAAGAUAAUUGAAAGCUGUUCAAAUGUUUCCAUAGACUUUCAGCAGCAAUCACCGAUACGAAAAAAUUCGACUCCCGAUCUCGAAGAAUCGUGUAGCGAAUACAUGAUUAAAAAAUUUCGGAGAAACAAAUGUUUCUUGCAUUGUCGCGAUGUUUCUGAUACUGCCAUAGCAAAAGAGGAUAUAUUAAAAACUAUUCAAGAAGCGGAAAAAAUAUUAACUGACAAUCCGUAUAAUGACAUAUCGGAAGAGACAAACAUUAAUGAGAAUGAAAUGUACGAGAGAGAUAAUUCGUCGGAAAGAUUUACAAAAGAGAUAAAAGAUGAACAGUACAAAACAAUGAACAAGGAAGAAAAUAAUUUGAACAAAGAUACUGAAAUAAAUUUAGCAAAUGUGGAAAUUGAGAAAGUCGGCGUCUCGGAAUCAAAUGUUGACAACAAUCUACAAAAAUUAGCUGAAAUCACGGAUUCAGAUCGUCCUAGGUCACACAUCGAGAUUCAAGAAACUUUGAAGAAGAUAGCAGAAGAAAAAAGAAAAAUAGAAGAUCGAAAGAAAAAAUCAUUGCAAACAUUAUCGAAAAAAUUAGAGGAAAUUGACAAGUUUAUUGCUGAUCGUUACGAUAUUUCUUAUAAAUCUGAUAAAGAUCUUUCUGAAUUCAAAAUUCCGGAGAAUUUCGCCGACGAUGAUUCCGACAGUCUCGAUGAUUUUCAGAUUAUUAAUGAAAAUGUCGAGGUUCCAUUAACGAAGGCCGAAGUAAUCGAGAAUUUAAAACUCGAAGAAUUGGAAAAGGAACUCGCGAAUGAGAUGGAGAAGCAUAAGAAACUAAUGGAUGAAUGUCAGAAGAUUUUUGCUACGGAUUUAGAACAGAUUCAGCAAGCGACUUUAGAGUCAGAAUCUAAGCAAAUUUCUAACGACGAAGAAAAUGAUAAAGAAACUGCAAAUCAAUCUGGAAAUGACGAAAAUAUAAGCAACAAAUUGAAUGAAACGUCUGGAAUAAUAACUGAAACAACAACAAUCGAAGUCGAUUCGGAAUCUGAUGACUCCUUUUCGGAAGAUUUGAAGAAAGUGGAAAGAACAUACAUCAAAGGAAAGGUGUAUGAUUUCGACGAGAAAAAACAUGGAGUUAGAAUGACGGAAGAGCUGAUCAUGAAGCACUGCAAGGAACAUAAAUUGUAUCAAACGCCGCAUUUAAAUGACGUCUUGUAUUUGCAUUACAAAGGAUUCUCCUUUAUCGAAAAUCUCGAGAAAUAUACAGGUCUCAAGUGUCUGUGGCUGGAGAGCAACGGUAUACGCGAGAUCGCCAAUUUGGAAAAUCAGAGUGAACUCAAGUGCCUGUACCUGCACCAGAACCUUAUCAGCAAGAUCGAGAAUCUGGACUGUCUGAGGAAGCUCGACACUCUGAAUCUUUCGCACAACACGAUACGGAGGAUCGAGAAUCUCGGUGACUCGACGAAGCGAGUAUUAUCCCAGAUGACCUUGACCUUGACGUGCCUCUGCUUUUCAGACAGUCUCAAGUUCCUGAACAACCUGAACCUGUCGCAUAAUUAUCUGCGAGAAACCGCUGACAUCGAGCAUCUCCGUCUGCUGCACGCGCUCUCGAUCUUGGAUAUCUCUCACAACAGGAUCGACACCUGCGACGUCGUUGACAUUCUGGGAGACAUGAAGUCGUUGCGCGUCGUAACGUUAACCGGCAACCCGGUGCUGAAGCAGAUAAAGAUGUACCGCAAGACUAUGAUUCUGAAGUGUGAGAAUCUGCAGUACCUGGACGAUCGGCCGGUGUUUCCGCGCGAUCGUGCCUGCGCCGAGGCUUGGAUGCGCGGCGGUGUCGACGAAGAGAUGGCCGAAAGAAACCGGUGGAUCCAGGCGGAGCAGAAGAAGAUCAACGACAGCGUCAUGGCCCUGAUAAACAAAAGGAAGCUGCGCAAACCGGUCGAGACGUCCGAAAAGGAGGCGGUGGAUACGAAGAAGACGGAGGAGGAGGAAAAGGACGAAGAAGUUGCCGCGAAGUCAAGCGCGCACACCGCAACGAGGAGCCACGGUCUGCUCGACCUGGAAAGAAAGAAAAAGUCCGAGGGGCGAUCCUUCCUCGAUUCCUCAUCGUCGUCGGACGAAGAGCUCGCGAGCAACGAAGAAAACGAACGUGAGUGGCAAAAAGAAGGCGAGGAAAGUGACGGAAGGAGGCCAAUGGCGGAGGAAGAGAGAAAAGUCGCCGAUGAAAGCAACGAGGAGCCUCUGUUGCCCUGGAAAGUCGAGGCUCAAGAAAAAAUUCAAUCACGAAGACUGAUCGAAGAAAUAUCGGAGUCCAAAGAAAAUAUUGUCAGUGACGAGGGAAGAAAAUGGGACGGAAAACAGAUUUUGGACAUCCGUAAAAGCACACAUGAUCUCGAGGUUGUUAAAGAAGAAGAAAUAUCAAGUUUACAAAAAACGAUCGGUGAUAUCAAUAAUGAAAUAAACGAUCGCAAAGACGAGAAAAUAUCUACCUGCUCCGUAUCGAACGACACAUCGGAUCUAAAACAAAUGUUAGAAGAGAAUCAGAAAGUCACAAGAGCGACCACCGAUAUAAGAGACGAUGCAUCGAGCAAAAGUAUCAAGAGCUAUCAAAGAAAAAACAAAGAAUAUUCGUUCGGUUCUAAACUUAGCAGUAUCCGAGAAGAGAUGAGAGAAUUCUGCGACAGUAUGGACAAGUUUGUUGACGAAAACAAGAUAGUAUUUAAAAACGGUGAGGUGGAGGGAUUCUGGGGCGAGAGGAAGGUGAUGGAUGAGAAUCUGAAAAUUAAUUCCACUGAUGAUAGCGAGAUUGAAGAAACUGGGACCAAGGUUUUCACGAGCAAGGAAGAUGAAUUGCGAUGGUGGAGUACCAAGGAGAGAAAACUGAAGGUCAAGGAGUUCAUGAGACAACGAGAGGAGGAAGCGAGGAAAAACAAAGAGAUUAAAGAUGCUGCGACGUGCAAUAAUUCCGAUUGCUCUUUAUUGGAAGAUGGAAAACAGGCAGUCGAUGCUACGGACAAUUUUCAGGACGUAUACGAUUUAAUGACGAUGAAGACUUGCCCGAGCUCUCUUCCAAAUUCAACAGAAACAUACUCUGUAAAAGAUACAGAAGAUUACACAUGCGAGCGAUCUGCAAAGCAACAACUAGAAAAUUCAUGCGGAAUAUUCAGUAAUCUCUUUGCCGAAUUAAGAAAUCGAAACAUUAGUCAGAAAAUUAACAAAUCGAAAGAUUCGAGCGAAUUGAUGAUUCUAGAGGAAAAAUUGAAUUCCGAAAAAUCAACCGACACGAUGCAAAAAAAUAUCCCUGAAAUUAUGACAGAUCUUGUUGAUUUCGUUGGACAGUCCUCGGAAUGCAAAAAAAUAGAAAUUAAGGAGAAUACUGCAAAAAUCGAUGAUUUGGAAGACAAAUUUAAUAGUUUUCUACUGAAAUCUUCAGAAGUGAAGAAAAACGUCGACGAAUCCGAUGACGAUUCUUUUAAGACAGCAACGUCUCUUCCAGAAGACUCGCCAAUUUUGGAAAGCAAUCAAGAGUCACUAGAAAUUCUAAGAUUGCCCAAUACAGAUAUUAACUGUGAUAAAAUUAUCGAUACUAGUAAAAAUGAAAAUAUCGAUCUAGAUGACUGUUGCGAGGAAAUAAUUUUGAAGGAAGAGCACAAUGACUUAAUUUACGAGAACAAAAAAUUAUUGAAAAUAGAAAAUUCUUCUGCUAAAAUAGAGAUGUUAAACAGUGAGCAGAAAUUAUCAACUGAUACCGAGAGAUCUAAUUCUCAAAUGGAAUCGCUUGUCCGAAAAAUAGAUUGCUUUUCUCUGGGAAGAAUAAAUCAUCAGCCUUCGAGAUUGACUGGCAAAAGAACUCGCGAAGCGGAAGAUGUCGAAAUAAUUAAUAACAAGAAAUCCUUUUUCAUGGAGGAAAUAAAAUCCGGAAGAAGGUCGGAGGAACGCAAAUCUCGCAGUCAAAUCUCUGAAAAAUGCAGACAGCACGUGAUACAAGAGACAAAAAGAUUUGCGAAGAAAGUAUCGCCGUUGAUCGAUAAAUGCAUAACGAGUCUGAUAAGAGAUUCAGAACAUAUAGACGGAAAAUCGCAAUAUCAUAAAUACGAUCGACGAAGUUUUGGAGAAUAUUUGCCAUCCAGUUUCGUUUCGAAAAUGGAUCUUAAUAAACCCGCAGGUGAUUCUGACGAACGAAACAAUUGGCGCGAUAAAUAUAGUAAUAAAUCUAAUAAUAUUACAAGCGUACAAUCUGAAAGACAAGAAAUAAAACAAAUAGUCAAUUCAGAAUGUGCCAUUGAUUCAAAAUCAGCUAAUGAUUCUGAUAUUCAAUCACUUUCCAAUCUUUUACGGCAGUCUGAAAGCAUCUAUGAGUCAGAAUCAUCGGCCAUAAAUACCGACGUAUCGCUUUACAAAGAAUUUUGCGAUCAUCUCCACAAAUUAGAAAGCGAAAAAAAAUUGCUCAUUAAAUCAGAUUUCACGAUGGAUACAGAAGAAUCAAAAGAAAAAUUAUCUGACGAUAAAUCAGUACAAAACGCAGAAAAUCCGAUAAAGAAAUCAAUCAAACCACUGAUAGAAGUGAUUUCUGAAAAUUCUGCAAUUUCGACGAAUUCUGAACAGAUUAUAGGACAAAAAGAAAUUAAUAAAAAGUCACACACUUCUCAAAAUGUUUUCGAUGAUUAUAAAAAAGAUGAUGUCUUCAGGAUGGUCGAGGAAACGGCUGCAACAUCUGAUGAUUCUGAAAGUCAUAUUAAUCAAGAAAGUGCAAUUAACUUGACAGAGAGAAUAAAGAUCGAACCGUUUUCAACAUCGCGUACACACACAUUAGACAAUGCAGAAUGCAAAGAAAAAUGUGUAUCAGCAAAGGAAAAACGCGAAACUACCACGAUAAAUAUGAAAAAGAGUAUAGAAAUGCAAGUUGCGCAAGAAAACUAG